GUAAAAGUAAUUUUCAUUAUUAUUUUUUAUUAUGGUAACACCAUUAUCGUAAUGCCAACCUUCAGCGUGUGAAGAACUUCCUUUUUCUCGUGUUCUUUUGACAACAGGAGGUUAGAAUCAUUUUUAGCUUGUAAAAGCAAUCAUCAUGGCUGAGGAGAACUGGAAUGAUGACAACGCCGAAGCGGGCAGCAUGGCUGUUGACAACGCGCCUCUGCCCCUAGCCGCUGACAUUCCCGAAAUUAAACUCUUCGGAAGAUGGAGCUGUUAUGAUGUCCAGGUCUCUGACAUGUCCCUGCAGGAUUAUAUCUCCGUUAAAGAGAAGUACGCUAAGUACUUGCCCCACUCCGCUGGCAGGUAUGCCCACAAAAGAUUCCGUAAGGCUCAGUGCCCCAUCGUUGAGCGUUUAACCAACUCUCUAAUGAUGCACGGCCGUAACAAUGGCAAGAAGCUCAUGGCUGUGAGGAUCGUCAAGCACGCGUUCGAAAUCAUUCACUUGCUGACCGGAGAGAACCCUCUGCAGGUGCUUGUCACAGCCAUCAUCAACUCCGGCCCUAGGGAAGACUCUACUAGGAUCGGUCGCGCUGGUACAGUGCGUCGUCAGGCUGUGGAUGUGUCUCCCCUGCGCCGUGUAAACCAGGCUAUCUGGUUAUUGUGCACUGGUGCGCGUGAGGCUGCAUUCAGAAACAUUAAGACUAUCGCUGAGUGCGUUGCUGAUGAACUCAUCAACGCAGCCAAGGGUUCAUCUAACUCUUAUGCCAUCAAGAAGAAGGAUGAGUUGGAGCGUGUUGCUAAAUCCAACCGUUAAAACCUACAUUAUAAGAUGUCUCAAUAAAAAAACUUUAAAAUUCA